UACAUGACGCCCAGUCCCGAUGAAGCGCUUCACUUUCGCGGAAAGACUCUGACUCCGGAAAGCCCUCGACCGCUGCAUAUUCCGGAGCCAGCCAAUAUUCCAGUCCUAGAGAACCAAAUGGAUCCUGUUUUCAACGAUACUUCGACAUAUGAACCGGUACAUAAGGCAACACAUGGAUGGUCGCACGGAGGAUUACAUGGUCAGGGAGGACCACGUCAGAACCAGGAUUCAGGUAGUUCUCAUGGCUUGAAUGCGCAAUAUGGAAAUGUUUCUGCGCUAUACUACCCUUCAAACUCAGGGUCGGGGACCGAAAAUUCUGGCCAUCUGAACUCCGGAUUCUCUCUCCCCGAUCCCUCUUGCUCCUACGUUGCUCCGGUCGAUCCGGUAUCCCAAGGCUUUGCCACUGCGAGCGAAGUAGAGAACACCCAAAUUUCGGCGCAGUCGAGAAUGCCGGGGCGCCUAAAUGAUGAACAGGAUUCGGGGUCUACCACGGGCGGAGUCAAUUUCCAAAACUUACUUGACAAUCUCUCUCACUCUGACCCUGGUGCAACCAUGGCCGGGGUUCCUCCAGUUGACACCUCGUCCUUCCACCAAGCACCAGUUGACGAGCCUAGCCAAUCCCAGGGCGUUUCUGCCCACCAUGCCCAAGCCCAAUCUAUUCAACCCCAUCACACCCAUAACGAGGUGGCAUAUCAACAACUUCCAUCAGCCCAUGGCGCCGCCAAUGCACCCCACGCAUUCCCAGCCCACAGUAACACCCAAACGCAGAGCCAGUCCCAGCCGUAUUCCAUUGCCGGAACGAGCUCGGCUGGCAACAAUCUACUCCCUCCCACUUCAGGCUUCCAGACCCCAUCUACUGGACCUGAAUCUCAGCGCUCCUCCCAAGAACCCUCUGUGCAGGGACUCAAGAAAGGCCGUGUGGAUAAACAGGGCCGACCAAUCAAGGGCAUCGACGAUGAUUCGCCUUGGGGACCUGAGGUUCAAAAGAAGUAUGACGAGUUCCUGCACGAUGAGCGGAUCUAUGUGACCGAGGGUCUUUGGGAUCGAUUCCCAAUGGGGUCCAGGCUGUUUGUUGGCAACCUCCCUACCGAAAGAGUGACCAAACGAGACAUGUUCCAUAUAUUCCACAAAUACGGAAAACUUGCUCAGAUUUCAAUCAAGCAGGCUUACGGGUUCAUACAAUUUUUGGAGGCGAGCUCUUGCCAUGCGGCUCUAGGUGUCGAACAGGGCGCUAUCGUGCGGGGCAGGAAGAUACAUCUUGAAAUCUCAAAGCCUCAGCGAUCAACCCGGCCUGCUCAAGCAUCAGAGGCCGCCCGUGCACCCCCGCCCCGUCGCUCACGGUCGCCGGAGUUCAGCCGUUCCGGUCCUGCACGAAACAAUGUCCGAGCCCCAGGCGAUCGUUACGAACGGCCGAAACCCUAUGAGCCAAGUCGAUUGCCAUUUAGCGAUUUCCGUGAUGAACCUUCCCAUCGCAGCAGGCGUGACGAUUAUCGGCCGCGGUCCCCUUCGCCUCGACCUCCUUUCCGGGGGCCAGAGACGGUUAUCGGUCGCGCGACAGAACCCCAGAGAGAUUCGACCGCCGCGAGCGCAGACGCUCCCGUUCGCCGCGCUCUCCUCGCUCCCCUCGCUCUCCCUACUCAAGAGAUCGACGCUAUCGCAGCCUCAGCCCACGUCCCCGCGGGGUGUAUGAAGGUGAAGCAGAUUUGCCAGUGCCGCGUCGAGUUCCGCGAGAUGUACCAGAGGUGCAGCUCCUUGUGCUGGAAGAACUUGACAGGUUGGUUGCGCUUAAACUUUGUUCUUCAUGUAGAAAACGCUUUCCGUAAUCGUGGAUUGCGUGUGGAUGUCUUGGUGCUUGGCCCUCGGAUUCCUCUUGGCGCAGCUGUUCAUCGCCAGUUCAUCGAAGGUGUUCUGGCAGUCGUCCGCCUUUCUCGUCCAAACCAAGUUUCUCGUAAGAUUCCUUUACAGCUGUUUGACCGAACGGCUGGGUUGGAUAACGUCCGAUUCCUUGAUUACCCGGAACUCGAGCCCAACUUGUCCGCUGAACUCCUGAGUCACCAGGCCCAGGCAAUGCAGCGAGGAGCUGCUCCGACUGCAUUUACACCUAAUCCCGCUUUUGGUGUCCCUCCCGUGCAGGCCAUGCCACUUCCGACUCUCUCGAAUCCUCCCAACAUUGCAAAUCUCAUUGGCUCCCUGGACGGCCCUAGCCUUUCGUCCCUAUUGUCGGCACUUCAACGACCUCCGCAUUCGCAACCUAUGUCUGCUACACAAUCACCAUUCUCCUCACCCAACCCACCCCCAGCUGACCUAGCCAGUCUUCUGACCAACGCACAACGGCCUCCGCCCAUCCCAAAUACCCACCAGCAACCCCUCCCCAGUCCACCAUUUAAUCUCCAGCCUCCAAAUGCGCCUAUCGUUACAGACCCAACCCUACUUUCGCUUUUGGCCAAAGGCCUAGGCGGACAACCACAGCAAGGCCAGGCGCCUACAAGCCCCCAGGUACAGAACCUGAUGCAUCACCUUGCGAAAUGGAAGCAAUGA